CCUGGAGAAGGAGAGACCGGGAAGCCCGGGGCCAGGAGGUCAGACUAGGGAAGCGGGGCCCAGCCGAGAGGCCAAGGAGGAAACCGCGAUCAAAGCCGGUCCUGGUUAUUCAGAGAAGGGAGCUGGAACUGGGCCCGCGGACUCUUCCCUUUCCAAAAGAAGAGCUCAAAAGAGAAGGUUCAUCUCUUGCAAAUCUCACAGCUAUGCCUCAGGAUGAACUAGAGUAUGCCCUUACAGGGAUCAGUGUCAUUCAAGGAUGUGACUGUGGACUUCACCCAGGAGGAGUGGCAGCAACUGGACACUGAUCAGAAGGCCCUCUACAGGGAUGUCAUGUUGGAAAACUAUUACCACCUUAUCUCUGUGGGGUUUCACAUGACUAAACCUGAUAUGAUCCGCAAGUUGGAAGAAGGAAAAGAACUAUGGACAACAGAGAGAAUUUUUUCAAGUCAGAGUUAUUUAGAAGAAGAUGGGAAAGCUGAAGAUGUCUUAAUGAAGUUUAAACAAUACCAAGAUAGGCAUUUUAGAUCAGUUGUAUUCAUCAACCAUGAAAGACUAAUUAAGGAAAAAAAUAAUAUUUUGGGGAAGACACUUACUGUAGGCAAGAACUGUAUUAUUUCAAAAACAACACUACAUGAAUAUAAACCUGAUGGAAAGGUUUUGAAAAAUAUUUCAGAAUUAGUCAUUAGAAAUAUAAGCCCUGUAAGAGAGAAGUUUGGUGAGGGUUAUGGAUGGGAGAAAUCACUUCUCAAUACAAAGCAUGAGAAAACUCAUACUACAGAAAAUCUCUGUAAACAAACAGAAAGCAGUCUGAGUAAUAAACAAGAGCUUAUUAAACAUCAGAAGGUUCAAACUCCAGAGCAAUCAUUUGAACAUAAUGAAUGUGAAAAUUCCUUCCUUAUGAAAGAAAUGUUAUUUACACAUACUAAAACUCAUAGAGGAGAAGGACUCUUUGAAUACAAUAAAGAUGGAAUGCCUUUCAUUGAAAAGUCAAAUUCCAGUGUCCAUCCACAAAAUCUUAUGGAGAAGAAGUCCCAUGCAUAUAGCAAAUAUGGGAAUUUCCUCUGCAGGAAGUCCAUUUUUAUUAUACAUCAGAGAUCUGAAACAGAAGAGAAACCCUUUCAUUGUUCUUAUUGUGGGAAUAGCUUUAGAAGGAAGUCAUAUCUCAUUGAGCAUCAGCGAAUUCACACAGGUGAGAAACCUUAUGUUUGCAGUCAAUGUGGAAAAGCCUUCCGUCAAAAGACAGCCCUCACUCUUCAUGAGAAAACACAUGUAGAGGGGAAACCCUACAUUUGUAUGGAUUGUGGGAAAUCCUUCCGCCAGAAGGCAACCCUCACCAGGCAUCACAAAAUACAUACAGGGGAGAAAGCCUAUGAUUGUACUCAGUGUGGAAGUGCUUUUAGAAAGAAGUCAUACCUCAUUGAUCAUCAGAGAACUCACACAGGAGAGAAACCAUAUCAAUGUAAUGAAUGUGGGAAGGCAUUUAUCCAGAAGACAACCCUCACUGUACACCAAAGAACUCACACAGGAGAGAAACCCUAUAUUUGUAAUGAAUGUGGAAAGUCCUUCUGCCAAAAGACAACCCUCACUCUCCAUCAAAGAAUUCAUACAGGGGAGAAACCCUAUAGUUGUAAUGAAUGUGGGAAGUCCUUUCGCCAGAAGGCAAUCCUCACUGUUCAUCAGAGAAUACAUACAGGAGAGAAAUCCAAUCAAUGUCCUCAGUGUGGCAAAGCCUUUAGUAGGAAGUCAAACCUCAUUCGCCAUCAGAAAACUCACAUAGGAGAGAAACUGUAUGAAUGUAAAGAAUGUGGUAAGUUCUUCAGUUAUAAGUCAAAUCUCAUUGUCCAUCAGAAAACUCACAAGGUAGAAAUCAUUGGAAUAUAGUAAAGGAUGUGACUCUUUUUUUAGUAAAAAACUUUUAAAGUCAUAGUAAACCCAGUAUAUGAUGUUGCUUGCAAGUGUAAUAAUAGUCAACAGUUUAAGGUACUAUAUCACAUAUUUACUUACUGUUUGCUAGCCUAUAAAACAUACACACAAAAUAAUUACUAGACAAAUUAAAUGACAAGUCAUUGAAAAUACAAUUCCCAGUUUUCUAUUGUUACAUUCAUUAGAUAUAAAAUUUCUCUGUCAAGUUGCUACACAUAUUUAAAAUUACUUAUUUUUAAUUUCAAUACCUACCUUAUUGUGAACCAGUAAUAUACAGUUGGUAUGUGAACCACACUGUGAACAAAAGACUUAAAAAGAAAGGAGGUGUGAAUUGUAUUUAUCAUUGAAAAUAUGGAAUAAAAACUGUUACCUCCUCAGAGUUAACCAAAGUUCUAACUUCUAACAUUAUAGUUUUUACUUAUUGUUAACUUUUAUAUAAAUUGGAUUAUAUAUCAUGUAUUUUUUCAUAUUUGGCUUUCAUUCAUUAUUGUGUUUCUAAAACUCAUCAUUAGCGCCCUAACUGGUUUGGCUCAGUGGAUGGAGCGUCAACCUGAGGACUGAAGGAUCCCAGGUUCGAUUCCAGUCAAGGGCAUGUACCUUGGUUGUGGGCACAUCCCUAGUGGGGGGUGUGCAGG